CGGUGUGUUCGCAGAGUAAGAUCAAACCAAGAGAAAUGUUUGUCUCUUCUGGAAUUUUAUCUUGGGCGACUUAAAGAUUUUUUCUAGGAAAUGGGAAGGAUUGGUCGACGAAAAACUCAAACGAAACACAUGUGUUUAGCUCUGGACAGUGCACCCAAGGAUGCAAACACUGUCUUGGCCUCAGAGCACAGAGAGAUUUAACCAAAUACCUUCAGCGGUGUUAAGAUUGCAAAAAAAAAGAGCCAUAGUCAUUACAGCACAGACUAGGCUAACUGGUACAUCAAGUCUAAUCAUUGCCCUUCUCUGAAUGACAUGAGUGAACCAGUUGGGUUUUUAUGGCAAUUCAACAGCUUUCAUGGUCACUUUUCCCUCGUGCUGGCCCCACAAAUUACCAGAUUCAUCCAGUUCGGUUUCACAACCAGCAUUCGUGUUUCACGCAUUUUCUCUCACUGCCUUUUUUUAAGUUUUACAUCAGUUUCACAGGGUAGUAGAAAGGGAGGCUUUACAGUUGUGAAGCUGAAUCCAAACAUCACAUUAGGAUUUGAUGGAAUUGACCAACAUAAUAUAACUUGAAUGUCAUCAGAUUUGAACAUGGCAGGAAAAAGCACGGUUCGUAAACUCUGGAAAUGUGGAGACUGCGGGAAGGGAUUCAAUUACCCGUCUCAGGUGGAAAUUCAUCGACGCAGUCACACUGGGGAAAGACCGUUCGGGUGCACCGAGUGUGGGAGAGAAUACGCCCAGGUAGCCCAUCUGCUGAAACAUCAGCUGAUUCACUCUGACGAAAGACCUUUCAAAUGUUUUGACUGUGGGAAUUGCUUUAAAAGCUCUGAAAACCUAAUGUCCCAUCAGCGAGUACACUCUAGUGAGAGACCAUUCAAGUGUUCUGACUGUGGGUCUGGGUUCAAGCGAUCGUCUCAACUCACUGAACACCAGCGAGUUCACACUGGGGAGAAGCCGUUCACUUGCUCUGAGUGUGGGAGAGAAUUCACUCAGUCGUCCAGCCUGCUGAGACACCAGCGAGUUCACACUGGAGAAAGACCCUUCACCUGUUCCGAGUGUGGCAAAGGAUUCACUAAUUCAUCCAACCUUUUGACACACCAGCGGGUUCACACUGAUGAGAGACCAUUUAAAUGCCCAGACUGUGGGAGGUGCUAUAAAAGUUCCAGGGAGUUGAUGUCCCAUCAACGUAUUCACACUGAUGAGAAACCGUUCAGGUGCUCGAACUGUGGGACUGGGUUCAGGCGAUCAUCUCAACUCACUGAACAUCAUCUACUUCACACUGGACAGAGGCCGUUCACUUGCUCAGUGUGUGGGAAGGGAUUUUGUCAGUCAUCCAGGCUGCUGAGACACUACCAAGUUCAUGAGUAAUUACAGCGAUGGAUUUUCGUCUUUGCUUAUCCAGGAUUGAACCAUGUUCAUUUGAGUCUGUUUCGCCUUAAUGUUAA